AUGGUGAAGGAGGGAAAAGUGUUGGGCCACAGGAUUUCCUCAAAGGGUAUUGAAGUUGACAAAACCAAGAUACAAGUAAUUGAAAAAUUGAAGCCGCCUAAUUCAGUUAAGGGGAUCAAAAGCUUCUUGGGACAUGCAGGGUUUUACAGAAGGUUCAUUCAAGAUUUCUCAAAAAUUACAAAACCUUUGUGUAAUCUAUUGGAGAAAGAUGUGUCAUUUCACUUCUCUAAUGAAUGCUUAAAUGUCUUUAACACUUUGAAAGAGAAGUUAACUUCUGCACCUAUGAUAGUGGCACCUGACUGGGAUCUACCUUUCAAACUUAUGUGUGAUGCUAGUGAGUUUGCAGUGGGAGCGGUGCUUGGCCAACGUAAAGGGAACGUGUUACAUGUCAUCUACUAUGCAAGCAAAACCUUGACAGAUGCUCAGAUAAACUAUGCAACAACUGAAAAAGAGAUGUUAGCAGUGGUCUUUGCCUUCGACAAAUUUCGUUCGUAUCUAAUUGGUUCAAAGGUGAUAGUCUACAUUGAUCAUGCAGCCUUGAAAUAUAUGUUCGAGAAGAAGAAUGCUAAACCUAGGCUGAUUCGAUGGGUUCUAUUACUACAAGAGUUUGACAUUGAAAUUCGUGAAAAAAAAGGUACUGAAAAUCAGGUAGCAGAUCACUUAUCAAGGCUAGAGCAACUACAAGACUCAGAUGAUGUGGAUAUCAAUGAGGUCUUCCCAGAUGAGCAAUUAUUGCUUGUAGAAAAGGCUCCAUGGUAUGCAGACAUUGUUAAUUACUUGGCUAGUGGCUAUUUGGAUCCAGAUCUCACCUACCAGCAGAAGAAGAAGCUAUUCCAUGAAGCGAAAUUAUAUUAUUGGGAUGAUCCAAAUUUAUACAGAAGAGGGGCAAACCAAAAUAUUAGGAGAUGUGUGCCAGAAAAUGAGAUGAAACCCAUCCUGUCAAGGGACUGCCACAGUUUCUACCGGUCAUGUGAUAAAUGUCAAAGAACAGGUAACAUUUCAGCUCGUCAUGAGAUGCCACUUAACAACAUUCCGGAGGUGGAAAUAUUUUAUGUCUGGGGAGUUGAUUUCAUGGGUCCUUUUCCACCAUCUUACAACAAUCGGUACAUCUUAGUGGCAGUGGACUACGUCUCCAAAUGGGUGGAAGCCAAAGCUUUGCCUACAAAUGAUGCAAGGGUAGUGAUGGACUUCAUAAAGAAACACAUCUUUAACCGCUAUGGAUCACUAAGGGCCAUUAUAAGUGAUGGUGGAACUCACUUCCGUAAUUGGUUAUUCCAGGCAGUGCUGAAUAAAUACGGGGUACAACAUCGAAUAGCCACACCAUAUCAUCCUCAAACAAGUGGACAAGUUGAAACUUCUAAUCGACGGCUGAAAAGAAUUAUGGAACUCACGGUGAAUUCAUCUCGAAAAGACUGGUCUAAAAAAUUGGAGGAUGCAUUGUGGGCCUAUCGCACAGCGUACAAGAAGCCAAUUGGAAUGUCACCAUAUCGAAUAGUCUCUGGGAAAGCAUGCCAUCUCCCAGUUGAGUUUGAACACAAAGCAUUUGAUACAUCCUUAGGGUUAGAAGAAAACAUUGAUAAAUAUGUUAAACUAGUUCAGGAUAUAGAAAAUUGUGAUGAAAAUCUCUCUGAAGAUCAACAAGUUGUUGACCUUCUAAACUCUUUAAGUGACAGAUAUAUGGAGAUAAGAAAUGCCUUGGAAUAUGGGGGGCAAGAUCUUACAAUUGACAUAAUAAUCUCUUUCCUAAGAAAUAGGAAACUUGAAUUGAAAGUUGAGUUAAAGGAUUCUAGAUAUGGUGAAGGCUUACACAUAAAAGAAAAACAGAAUCAAAAUAAGAAGAAUGUUAUGUAUAACCUCAACUCCCAUAAAAGAGCUAUUGUCUGCAAAGGAGAACCAGAUAUACAAGGGGCUGUCCUUGUUAAUACCAUCAAUAGAAACCCAAAUGAGUGGGUUUUAGAUUUUGGGUGCACUUUUCACAUGUGCCCCAUUAAAGAUUGGUUCUCUGAUUUUGUUGAUCUGAAUGGGGGGAAGUGCAGAUGUGACAUGACAUGA